AUGGUUCAUCUCCGUCUCAAAGAACGUGAAUCCAAUCCAAACCCAAAUGUCAAUUUUAUUACCGCACUCCCUGAUGAUAACGACGAUGCUAGGCAGCUGUUGCGUGCGUUGGCGGCUCAAGUACGCCCUGUCAUGAAGGCCCAUGGCUUUGUUGUGAAUAGUCUGGAAGAGUACGAAUAUAAUCAGGUAUUCGCGGGGAGGAACUGGAAUAACGGAGAAACGGUCGAACUUGUCCUGCGACGUCCGGGAGGCUCGUUCUACCCCGCAUCAUGGCUCAUGAGCACUCUCUGUCAUGAGUUGGCCCAUAUCAAGCAUAUGAACCACGGACCUGCAUUUCAAGCCCUUUGGAAACAACUUCGAAUAGAAGUGCGACAGUUGCAGGACAGAGGAUAUUACGGAGAUGGGUACUGGUCUGCAGGUACCCGCUUAGCCGACUCUGCCAGAAUAUCUGGACAAGGCAUCGAAGCGGGCGACUUGCCAGAAUACAUGUGUGGAGGCGCACAAACCCGAACACGGCCCACCGCCCGCCGACGACGCGUCACUCGGGGCAAGCGACGCGAGGUUGUACCCUCAAAUCAUACAGGGCGACAAACGGAAAGAAAACGCAAAGCGGGAGCUCGGGUUACUUCCAAGUACGCGUUCACUGGUGAGGGAGCAUCGUUGGCUGGCGGCAGUCCGGACGAUACAAAGAAAGGGAAGGGGAAAAGGGCGCUGAGUAAAAGAGGUCGGGAGGAAAGAGCGUUGGCUGCUGAACGAAGGUUGGGCGCGUUAAUGGGGGAGGCAUCGCCUUCACAGCCGGUCAGCGGGUCAGAGUCUUCGGACGAUGAAGUCGAAAUCGUCGGCGAGACGGAUAAGGAUAGAAGGGAUACGUUGCUCGCUGCUAAGCAGGUUGACGAUCUGGAGGUGUUGGAUUUUGCCACGUUGUGGAAGGAUUUUGAGGGGGAGUUCGACUUUGGUGUCAAGCCUGAGGGUUCGAAGCCGACAGUAUUGGUGGACGACGUGAUUGAUAUCUCGUCUGAUGAAGAAGGGGGGAGGAAGCCUUGUGACCUUCCCGUUGCCUCUGGAUCCACUUACACUAGCGGCGGAGGGAAGGGGUUGAAGAAGGAGACGACAAGAGCAAGAGUACUUGACACAGAAUCUUCACGGGCCAAAGCAACAAACUUGAAACCAAUUGGGAUCGGUAAAAUCGUGCAGACCGAGGUCGACCUGCGCAAGAAAGAAUCGUUGGGAUUGGCUCCCGUCAAAGGGGCAGGACGAACUCUUGGUGGAAGCGGUAAAUCAAUACCAAAGGAUCUUUCACCAACAUGGAGUUGUCACAUAUGCACGCUGGAAAACAAGCCUGGUCAUCUGGCGUGUUCUGCCUGUGCAACACCAAGGGGCCAGCAGCGACUUUGA